GCCUAUUUGGGAAACACACCAACAAUAGCCGAGCGAUCCCCAACGAUGUGGCAACGGCCCAGAUAAGGCCGGCUAUUAUUGAAACAAUUCCUAUUUAAAUUUCCUUCCUUAGAAGCAACGCUUCAGUUUGUAAAAUAAGUCCUAGCAUAUUCCCUCCAAACAACCUCUUACACACACUCUCUGUACCAUCUUAUCACAAUGACUACACCCUACGAAGCAGACUCUGAAACAGAAGAACAUCCAGGCAGCAUACCACCUGAAGCUGUCCGCCAGACAUACGGAGUCUUCAACACCGGCUCAAGAAUCAACUUCCGCGUACACAACGGCGGGUCCCAAGGCCCCGUUGUAUUCUACAUCAACAACUCAGUCUUCACACCCGGCACCCCAGAUGUACAGGUAAUCCGAGGCGCCGACAAAGACGGGCCCAUUGUCGCCUUUGGCAAGUUUCACAACCUAUCUGGCCAUGUCACCAUGGGACUGGGCAGCCCAGAAUCCGACGCCGUCGUCUUUGAGGAGCUGCACAAGGCGUCGCGGCUGACGCACUCCGAAUACGUCUUCGAGAGCGACCAAGCGACGCCGCAUAAACGCCGCGUCAAGUACAUCUGGCGAAGGACAAUUGGGAAAGGUUUAUUCGCCAACUACGCAUGCGUAGAUGCAGGUAGUGGUCGGCUCAUGGCGUACUUUGCAAAGACGGGGGCCAAGAGCGCAAAGAAGGUGGGUAGGUUGUGUGUCACCGCGGAUACUACAGAGGAGUUUCAUCUCUUGCUGCUGUUGAGCUGGAUGGCGAUUAGGGAAAAGGAGAACAGAAAUGCGUGGUAUGUAGGCGGCUGGAUCUCUGGUACGAGCUGA